UCAGGCCUGUGGAAAAUGCAUUGGACACCGGAGCAUGCUCAGAAGCCAGAGCAUUACCCCGACAUCUCAUUUACAUCCUCCUCUCCAGCACCCAAACCAGACGAUAGCAAUCUCACCCAGCAACGCCACCAGCAUGUAUGGGCGAACGACAACAUUUCUGCACUGUCUGCUUCUAAUCUGCUCAAGAAGUUUGCAGAGAAAUACUCUGGGCUUGUGAACUCUUCAUGUGAGAGACCUGAGCUAAAUACUUAUGCGGACGGGUCUUUUGGGCCAGUUCAUGAGCAAAAGAAUGAAAAUGAUACCUGGCAAAUGUCACUGAGUGUAAAUGAUACAUAUUCUAUAAACUCAGUCCAUGAGGGCCUUUCUAGCAGUAAAACAGGAACUCAUUCCACUGUCCCAGCAGGCGAUAGCAGUGUAGGGAUAGGCAGUUCCUCUGUAAUAGCCAAUAGUCACUCUGAAUCUCGCUAUCCAAAUCAUGUAUGUGGUCCCACCACUCUCCCGAGUCUUCAGUCUAGCCUUGUCCCGGUUGGAACGUCUCCAGAAUUUUCAUCAGGUUACAAUGGUACUUACUUACCCUCAGGUUACUGCAGCCAAACAUCAUUGGCAGCCCCUUCCUCUUAUUCUUUACCUUUAAGUAGCUCGAGCCUUCUACAGCCAGUGCAUCCCACACUUACAGUCCCAUCUUACAGUUCAACUUUAGCUGGAGGAAGCCCACUGCACACGUACCCUUCAAAUAGUGACCCGUGCGAAUCAAGCAUGGGCCCCGGUUAUGCUGGGGCCCAUCUCCCAUCUUCGUACGUCCCCUCGGGCAUUCCAGCUCCUAUUCUUCGUCCCCCUACGGCCCGACCUUCCACUGUCUCUGGCUACGAUAACCAAAGGCACAAUGUGACUCCUGGCUCAGUGUCGCCUGUCAACAAUGGCUUGAGCGGUUCUUUGAAGAGAAAAGCCUCAGCAGCGAAGGAGCUGGAGAAUACUGGUAGAUACAGAAGGUACAAUUAUGGACAACAAAGGACUAUUUCGGGGGCUUACCAGUUGCCAGCUGAUGUUGGUCCUGAUGAUUGCAAAGGUGAUGGCUUCGGCAGAAACGAUGAGGCGUUGCCUGUCGAGUCGAAGAGGAAACAAGGUCUUGUGGAUGAUCUUAUUGGCAAAUACAGUGGCCAGGAAAGGAAAGGAGUGAUGCCUCCACUCUACAGCCGUGACGAACGUCUGCUGCAAUCAAGACCGACGGAGGCGCUUGUGCAGUUCAGCCCUACGUUAAUAAAUCGGGAAAUGGUAGAUGACCGUCGCCUCACAUUUAGUCACCAGCUGCAAGGGGAGCAGUUGAAGAACCUGGAUUCUCAGCUUUUAAACCUUGUGACAAAUGAAAUAGUUGACUGUGGUCCUCCAGUACAAUGGGGCGAUAUUGCUGGACUGGACAGUGCGAAAGCAGUGAUUGAGGAGCACGUGUUGUGGCCCCUGCUGAGGCCUGGGGCUUACAGCGGAGGAAGCGGACCACCCAAAAGCAUUUUGCUGUUCGGACCUCGUGGUGGGCGUAAAACAAUGCUCACAAGGUGUAUCGCCUCCUGCCUCGGGGCAGCCUUCCUAAAGGUCAGUGGGUCAUCUUUCAUCUCCAAAUGGAAGGGAGAUGGAGAGAUGAUCUUGCAGGCUAUGUUUCUCAUAGCCCGAUCCUGUCAACCGUCUGUUAUCUUCAUAAAUGAACUCGAUGCCAUGCUCUCUAACACUAGCGGUGAAGAGAGUAACCAUCUAAGCUCUAUUAAAGCCAAACUAUUGUCUCAUGUAGAAGGUGUGGUGAACUCGAGCAGUGACCAUAUCAUAGUCAUCGGAGGUACCAGGCCUCCGGAUGACAUAGAGGAGACCAUACACAGGUACUUUGUAAAGCGACUUGACAUCUCUCCACCCGGCAGCAUUGCAAGACGUCAGAUUUUAAUAUAUGGCUUGUCUCAACAAGACCACUGCCUGAGCGAUGGGGAAAUUAGCACCAUUGUUGAGCACACAGAGGGGUAUUCUGGGAGUGAUCUGAUACAGCUCUGUCAACAGGCAGCGUUAGGACAGGGGCACAGUCUUACAGCACCAUCACAGCCUACCACCUAUGGGGACUUUGAAAACGCUCUUUGCAAAGUUCAGUCCAGUGUCUCGCAAAAGGAGCUGAAGUUGUACUCAGAGUGCAGCAGGUUAUUCGGAACUGGCGCCUGA